GGGCUGUAGUCUGACAGAGACAGAGACAGAGACAGAGACAGAGACAGAGACAGAGACAGAGACAGAGACAGAGACAGAGAGGUCCGAUUCAGCACACUUUGACAUUCCCCAGGUCAUCGCCACACACACCGCCACCGCUUCGAAUCGGGACACAAUGGCGAAGGGGGAUGGACGGGAAUACACCAGCACGGACUCCUCAGACAGUCCAAAGAAGAAAAAAGCCAAGAAGGACAUGGAUGAGCUUAAAAAGGAAGUCUCUAUGGAGGAUCAUAGGCUGACCCUGGACGAGCUGAGCCGUAAGUACGGAACGGAUCUGACCAGGGGCCUGACCAAUGCACGAGCAGCUGAGAUCCUGGCUCUGGAGGGCCCCAAUGCCCUAACCCCACCCCCCACCACACCGGAGUGGGUGAAGUUCUGCCGCCAGCUGUUUGGAGGGUUCUCCAUCCUCCUCUGGAUCGGGGCUGUGCUCUGCUUCCUGGCCUACAGCAUCCAGGCCGCCAUGGAGGAUGAACCAUCCAAUGACAACCUGUACCUGGGCAUCGUGCUGGCGGCCGUGGUGAUGAUCACUGGCUGUUUCUCCUACUACCAGGAGGCCAAGAGUUCUCGAAUCAUGGACUCCUUCAAAAGCAUGGUGCCCCAGCAAGCCCUGGUUAUCCGAGAAGGUGAGAAGGUGCAAAUCAAUGCAGAGGACGUGGUAACCGGUGACCUGGUGGAGGUGAAAGGGGGUGACCGAAUUCCGGCUGAUCUCCGCAUCAUCUCCUCGCAUGGCUGCAAGGUUGAUAACUCGUCACUUACAGGAGAGUCUGAACCUCAGACCCGAUCCCCAGAGUUUACCAAUGACAAUCCACUCGAGACCAGGAAUAUUGCCUUCUUCAGUACCAACUGUGUGGAAGGAACAGCCCGGGGAGUGGUGAUCUUCACGGGAGACCGGACUGUUAUGGGCCGCAUUGCCUCGUUGGCCUCGGGGUUGGAGGUGGGUCAGACUCCCAUCUCCAUGGAGAUUGAGCACUUCAUCCACAUCAUCACAGGCGUGGCUGUCUUCCUGGGUGUCACCUUCUUCGUGCUCUCCCUCAUCCUGGGCUACACCUGGCUGGAGGCUGUCAUCUUCCUCAUCGGGAUCAUCGUGGCCAAUGUUCCUGAGGGACUGCUGGCCACCGUCACUGUCUGCCUGACCCUCACGGCCAAGAGAAUGGCUCGCAAGAACUGCCUGGUGAAGAACCUAGAAGCGGUCGAGACCCUGGGGUCCACCUCGACCAUCUGCUCAGACAAGACGGGGACACUUACACAGAACCGCAUGACAGUCGCGCAUAUGUGGUUUGACAAUCAAAUACACGAGGCGGACACAACAGAGGAUCAGAGCGGUUCGGCCUUUGAUAAGACUUCACCCACGUGGGGUGCACUCUCUCGCAUCGCGGCUCUCUGUAACCGUGCUGUCUUCAAACCCAGCCAGGAGCACCUGUCCAUUUCCAAGCGUGAGACAGCCGGGGAUGCAUCGGAGUCAGCACUGCUGAAAUGCAUUGAGCUCUCCUGCGGCUCCGUGCGGGAGAUGCGUGAGCGAAGCCCGAAGGUGACCGAGAUCCCCUUCAACUCCACCAACAAGUACCAGCUCUCCAUCCACAAGAUGGAAGCCGGCGAGGGCUCGGCUGAGCCCCAUCACCUGCUGGUGAUGAAGGGAGCCCCAGAACGGAUCCUUGACCGCUGCUCCACCAUCCUGAUGCAUGGCCAGGAGGCUCCCCUGGACCAGGAGAUGCGUGAAGCCUUCCAGAAUGCCUACCUUGAGCUGGGGGGUCUCGGGGAGCGCGUCUUGGGCUUCUGUCACCUCAGCCUCUCCCACGAACAGUUCCCCAUUGGCUUUCCCUUUGACGCAGAUGAGAUGAAUUUUCCGACGCAAACUCUGUGCUUUGUGGGCCUCAUGUCGAUGAUUGACCCUCCUCGAGCCGCGGUCCCUGAUGCCGUGGGCAAGUGCAGGAGCGCUGGGAUCAAGGUGAUCAUGGUCACGGGGGAUCACCCCAUCACUGCCAAGGCUAUUGCCAAGGGCGUUGGGAUCAUUUCCGAGGGGAAUGAGACGAUGGAAGACAUAGCUCAGAGACUGAACAUCCCAAUUAGUCAGGUUAACCCAAGAGAUGCCAAGGCCUGUGUGAUCCAUGGCUCUGACCUCAAGGAGAUGGAAGAAGAGCAGCUAGACCAGAUCCUGGCCAACCACACUGAGAUCGUCUUCGCCCGCACAUCACCACAACAGAAGCUCAUCAUCGUGGAGGGCUGCCAGAGGCAGGGAGCCAUUGUGGCGGUGACCGGCGACGGUGUCAAUGACUCACCUGCCCUGAAGAAGGCUGACAUCGGUGUUGCUAUGGGGAUCUCGGGCUCAGAUGUCUCCAAGCAGGCGGCUGACAUGAUCCUGUUGGACGACAACUUCGCCUCCAUUGUCACAGGCGUGGAAGAGGGCCGGCUCAUCUUCGACAACUUGAAGAAGUCUAUUGCAUACACCCUGACCAGCAACAUCCCUGAGAUCACCCCCUUCCUGCUGUUCAUCGUGGCCAACAUUCCCCUACCCCUUGGCACCGUAACCAUCCUCUGCAUCGACCUGGGGACUGACAUGGUCCCUGCAAUCUCACUGGCCUAUGAGGCAGCAGAGAGCGAUAUCAUGAAGAGGCAACCCCGAAACCCGAAAACCGACAAGUUGGUCAACGAAAAACUGAUCAGCAUGGCGUACGGGCAGAUCGGGAUGAUCCAGGCACUAGGCGGUUUCUUCACCUACUUUGUGAUCCUGGCUGAGAACGGCUUCUUGCCUUCGCGCCUACUCAAUCUGCGACUCGACUGGGACGACCGGACCCGCAAUGACCUGGAGGAUAGUUAUGGGCAGGAGUGGACGUAUGAGCAGCGUAAGAUCGUGGAGUUCACCUGCCACACAGCGUUCUUUGCCAGCAUCGUGGUGGUGCAGUGGGCUGAUCUGCUCAUUUGCAAAACACGAAGGAACUCCAUCUUCCAACAGGGCAUGAAGAACAAGAUCCUGAUCUUUGGCCUCUUCGAGGAGACGGCGCUGGCUGCUUUCCUCUCCUACUGCCCAGGAAUGGAUGUCGCCCUCCGCAUGUACCCUCUGAAGCUGCCAUGGUGGUUCUGUGCCUUUCCCUACAGCCUCCUCAUCUUCAUCUACGACGAAGUGCGGAAGUUUAUUCUGCGCCGACACCCUGGCGGCUGGGUGGAACGUGAGACAUACUACUGACGGCACCCCUCCCCUGCCCUCAGAGAACAGCAAGCAAGUUUUGGUAUCCAUUCCCCCUGCUGCCUCUCCUUUCCCCUUUCCCUAUCACCCCUCUGUUUCUGUAACCUUCUCCUGAGCUCCCUCCUUCCUGACCCUCUCAGGUAGACCAUCUACUCCCCCAGAUGGUUCCUCAAGCUCCAGAAUUCUGCACAGUGACAGCAAACUCCUUUCUGCAGCCUCCCCCCACCCUUGGAAAUAAACUCUUUUUGUUGACUGCUGGA